AGCAACAGAACAUGCUCCCCGAAUCAUGGCCUCAUCCCCGCCUCAGAAGAAUCGUUACACCUUUGCAACCUUCUUUAUCGUUCUCUUACUCCUCAUUAGCAUGCUCUUAUUCAGCAAGCGAGCUCUCGAGCCUUCUCUCUCUUUGUACAGGGAUCUGUCGUUUAGAAUCCUUUCUCCGUCUUCAUCUCUCUCUACCCCCAGAAUCCCGGUUGCUCCCGUCAAUUUGCCGGCCUACACGGAGAGUGUAGAGACGUUUUCCCAGCCAUCCACUUCGCCAAUCGUUGAACCCGAAUCAGAAAACGAGUUCAACACCGAGUCUUUUGGUUCAGAGAACAAUAAUGGGAGCAGAGAUAGUGAACAGUUGGUAGAAGAGGAUGUAUCUUUAGUAUCUAUAAAUGAGUCCUUUGCUUCAGUGGUUAAUGAUAGUAUCAUGGUCAAAGAGAAAUCGUCACUUUGGAAAGUGAAUUUGGCUGAUAAAUGUGAUUUGUAYAAGGGAACAUGGGUGAAAGACGACAACUACCCAAUAUACAAUCCUGGUUCUUGCCCUUAUGUGGACGAGGCUUUUAGCUGCCAAGGAAAUGGAAGACGUGAUUCGGAGUAUCUGAAAUGGAGAUGGAAGCCAGAUGAUUGCGAUCUUCCCAGGUUUAAUGCUACAGACUUCUUGGAGAAACUCAGAGGUAAAAGGCUGAUGCUGGUUGGUGACUCUAUGAACCGGAACCAAUUUGAAUCUAUUCUGUGCCUCCUGCGUGAAGGCCUUCAAAAUAAGAGCAGAAUGUAUGAGAUACAUGGGCAUAAAAUAAGUAAAGGACGAGGCUACUUUGUCUUCAAGUUUGUGGACUAUGACUGUACAGUGGAGUUUGUUCGCUCACAUUUCUUAGUAAAGGAAGGCUUUCGUAUUAAUUCCCAGGGAAAUUCAAAUCCAACCCUGUCAAUUGACAAAAUUGACAGGACUUCUGGCCGAUGGAAACGUGCUGAUAUUCUUGUCUUUAAUACUGGACACUGGUGGACUCAUGGAAAGACUGCUAGGGGGAAGAAUUACUAUAAAGAAGGAGAUUUUAUCUAUCCUCAAUUUGAUGCUGUUGAAGCCUAUAGGAGGGCAAUUAAGACUUGGGCAAAGUGGAUUGAUAAAAAUAUAAAUCCAGCAAAGCAGUUGGUCUUCUACCGAGGAUAUUCCUCUGCCCAUUUCAGAGGUGGAGACUGGGACUCUGGUGGGACCUGUAAUGGAGAGACAGAGCCCAUCUUGAGUGGGGCCUUCCUUGGUAGCUAUCCUUUGAAAAUGAAGAUAGUGGAGGAAGUUAUCCGUGAAAUGCAGGUCCCAGUUAAACUGUUGAACAUUACCAGAUUGACAAAUUUCCGCAAGGAUGGACACCCAUCAAUUUAUGGCAAGUAUGUACCAGCGGGGCAAAAAAUUUCCUCAAGGAAGCAGGACUGCAGCCAUUGGUGCCUCCCAGGCGUUCCAGACUCAUGGAAUGAACUUAUAUAUGCAAAUCUGGUUUUACAACAAACCRCCUCAGAUUAGUCGGAGGUUUCUUCUAUAUGUUCUCUUUCCAAUUGCUUAUUAAUUAUUGAUAUUACCUUCAGAAAAUGUAGGGAGAAAAGAGAAGCAAAGGUUGGUCAUCUAUAGGACCCAUUAAAAUACAUUAAUAGUUGUGUAUCAUGAGUUCUGUUUCUAUUGUGUACUAAUUGUUAAGAAAUGGUGGCAUAUCCUUUGACUGGGCCAUAGUCCACUAAGAGAACAGAAGAAAAUAUCAUUGGCGGUUCAUAAAGUUCUGAUGCUUGAACCUUUCUUCUGAUUAGGAGGUCAUUGUAUUAUUGAUGAUUGCAGGUAAAGUUGAUGAAGACUUGUUAGACCUAUUA